CAGCAACAACAACAACACUUUGCACUCUACUCUUUCCUUGCACCAUAUACCCACCUCGAGCAAUACACACGAGGUAGCGGCACAUACCGCUACCAUGGACCCAUUCACCACCUUUGAAGGUGCUUCCCAAUAUGGCCUCGACCAGGAUGAUACCACAUCAAUGUACUCGGCCGCACCGAGCGCCUUGACAGAACAGAUCCUCGACGUCCCCGGACAGCACGCAGCGCGCAACGGGUCUGGCCUCGAGCGCGGCUUUGACGAAAUGUCGCUCACCUCGCGCCAUCAGAACGGCGCCCACGCCUACGGAGACGAGUACGACCCCGCGCUGCUGGACGAGUUUCGCGAGGAGGAGGUCCCACUCGGCUACGGCAUUGAGCACGCGUGCAGUUAUUGUGGCAUCCACAACCCCCAGUGUGUUGUCAAGUGUAUUCAGUGCAACAAGUGGUUCUGUAACUCGCGUGGCAACACGUCGGCGUCACAUAUCGUCAACCACCUGGUCAAGGCCAAGCACAAGGAGGUCAUCCUCCACAAGGACUCGGCGCUUGGCGAGACGACUCCAGAAUGUUACAACUGUGGCAGCAAGAAUGUCUUCCUUCUGGGCUUCAUUCCCGCCAAGAGCGAUACCGUCGUCGUGCUGCUGUGUCGCCAACCUUGCGCAGCUCUCACCAGCUCUCGUGACAUCAACUGGGACACGUCCCAGUGGUCAGCGAUCAUCGACGACCGCUCGUUCCUGUCGUGGCUCGUCAAGGUCCCCUCCGAGGCUGAGCAGCUGCGCGCCAGGCAAAUAUCCAUGGCUCAGAUCGCCAAGCUCGAGGAGAUGUGGCGCGACAACCCCAAUGCCCGUCUCGAGCACGCCGAGGCGCAGGCGACCGAGGAGGAGAUGCAGCCUAUUCUGUUACGAUACGAGGACGCGUACCAGUACCAGAACAUCUUCGGCCCACUGGUCAAGAUCGAAGCCGACUACGACAAGCGCAUGAAGGAAUCGCAGGGAGAGACCGACAUCAUUGUUCGUUGGGACAUGGGUCUCAACCAAAAGCGACUCGCUUGGUUCUCCAUGCCCAAGCUGGAGAGCGGCGAAGUGCGCUUGGCCGUCGGCGACGAGCUCAGACUCAAGCUUGUCGGCGCCGGAAUGAAGGGCUGGGCUACCCUUGGAGGCGACAACGACAAGUUGUGGGAGGGUGCCGGCAGUGUCAUAAAGGUUCCAAACAAUAUCUCUGACGAGAUCUGUCUGGAGCUGAAGCGAUCCGACAACGUCCCCACCGACUGCACCCAUGGCUUCGCCGUCGACUUUGUGUGGAAGGCCACCAGCUUUGAUCGCAUGCAGGCGGCCAUGAAGACGUUUGCCAUCGAUGAGAAGAGUGUGUCGGGCUACAUUUACCACAAGCUCCUCGGCCACGAACUGGAGCCCCAGGUUCUCCGCACACAGAUGCCCAAACGCUUCACAGCUCCACACCUCCCCGAGCUCAACCACUCGCAGAUGGCCGCAGUCAAGGCAGUGCUGCAGAAGCCCCUCAGUCUUAUCCAGGGUCCUCCUGGUACCGGAAAGACUGUCACGUCGGCCUCGAUCGUGUACCACCUUGCCAAGAUGAACCCGGGACAGGUUCUCGUCUGUGCGCCGUCCAACGUCGCGGUCGAUCACUUGUGUGAGAAGAUCCACAAGACGGGCCUCAAGGUUGUUCGUCUUGCUGCCAAGUCGCGUGAGGCUCUCGACUCGUCGGUCGCCUUCCUUUCGCUCCACAACCAGGUGGCCAAGAACGACACUCGUCCUGAGCUGCAGAAGCUCAUCCAGCUGCGCAACGACCAAGGCGAGCUGAGUCAGAGUGACGAGCGCAAGUACAAGUCGCUGGUUCGCGCCGCCGAGAAGGACAUCCUCAACGCGGCUGACGUCAUCUGCACGACCUGUGUUGGUGCUGGCGACCCUCGUCUGGCCAAGUUCAAGUUCCGCACUGUGCUGAUCGACGAGGCCACCCAAGCCGCCGAGCCAGAGUGUAUGAUCCCGCUCGUCAUGGGCUGCAAGCAGGCAGUGCUCGUCGGAGACCACCAGCAGCUCGGUCCUGUCAUCAUGAACAAGAAGGCCGCCCGCGCUGGUCUCUCACAGUCGCUGUUCGAGCGCCUGGUCAUCCUCGGCAACCGCCCCAUUCGUCUGCAGGUGCAGUACCGAAUGCACCCCUGCCUCUCCGAGUUCCCCUCCAACAUGUUCUACGAGGGUACUCUCCAGAACGGUGUUACCGCUCCUGAGCGUCUCCGCAAGAGUGUCGACUUCCCCUGGCCCGUCAGCGACACGCCCAUGUUCUUCCACCAGAACAUGGGCACAGAGGAGAUUUCAUCCAGUGGUACUUCGUUCCUCAACCGUACCGAGGCUUCCAACGUCGAGAAGAUGGUCACCAAGUUUUUCAAGUCCGGUGUCCUGCCCUCGCAAAUCGGUGUCAUCACUCCUUACGAAGGCCAGAGGUCGUACGUCGCGUCGUAUAUGCAGCUGCACGGUUCCCUCAAGAAGGACCUGUACAAGGAGGUGGAGGUGGCCAGUGUCGACGCUUUCCAGGGUCGUGAGAAGGACUACAUUAUCCUGUCGUGUGUUCGCUCCAACGAGCACCAGGGCAUUGGUUUCCUCAACGACCCGCGUCGUCUGAAUGUGGCCCUUACUCGUGCCAAGUAUGGCGUGGUGAUUCUGGGUAACCCCAAGGUGUUGAGCAAGCACCCUCUCUGGCUCUACCUCCUCACCCACUUCAAGGAGAAGUCGUGCUUUGUCGAGGGCCCGCUCAGCAACCUCCAGCCUUGUAUGAUGCAGUUCAGCAAGCCGAAGAAGUCGCUUGCGCGUGCACUCGACCCCUUCCGCCGCUUCGAGACGCCGGCCAACGACUACCUUGACAAGCCCGGUCGUGCACCAGCACCAGCGCCAAGUCGCUUCGACGCCGCCUACUACCGCACGCACGACACGAUCACCUACGUGCCUCCCGAUGCCCAGUCUGUUGUCUCGCAGGCUCUGACGCAGAGCUUCCCCCUGUCUGCCCAGCCGUUCCCCGGUGCCGGUGGCGGCAAGAAGAUAACCUACUCUGGCUACGCCUCCUCGGUGAUUUCUCAGCAGCCGGCCGAGUCGACCACGGGCAGCUUAGCACCAGGCCAUGCGCUCGCGCCCAUGUCGUCGCGUGCGUCGAGCAUUGCCUACUCGCAAUACGACCGCCUCCCUCCUGGUCCCUCCGUCGGCGGUGGAUUCGGCCUUGGUGACAAGAAGCAGCUCGGCCUUGGCGGACCCCGCAAGCUGUCGAUUGGUUCGAUUGCGCCCUCGGACGCCGUCUCGUCGUACGCCUACGGCUACAAGGCUGGUGACGACGACACGCAGUCUAUUGCCCCUAGCCAGGCUGGCGUGACUGAUUUCUAGUUGCCAGUAGCGCGCUAUCGUUCCGUUUCUGCCACUCAACGGUGGUCUCCUCCGACCAUGGGCAUGGCGAGCACGUCCGUCGUGACGCACUCUGCCAGAGGGCUGCUGUUCUCACGAGACAGCGUCGCUCGGCCACCACCACGGCCGCGCCGCAGCUCCCGUCUCCCUCGCCGCCCCGCCCGCUUGUAUCUCUGCCCUGGCUCCUUUUUGUGUACAAGG